UGUGAAAAGGUUUGUCAGUUUUAUUACUAGGGGGCCCAGGGGUUUUUGUCAAGGGGCAUAGUUACACACAACCACACACGCAAACGCGCACACCCACUCCCACACACCAUCUACAUCACUAUCACACUCGCACACACAAUCUAACACAGUAGUUCUUAACCUUGCUAAUGGGACCGAACCUCACCGAAAAGUUUCACAUGUGGAUUCACCGAACCCAUCGGAAUUAGAUGAUAAAGUUAUUUUUGUCCAAUUCAAAACCAAUAUAUCUAAGCUAGCAAGCUAAUAAUUUAGCACAUUCCCAUUCAAAAUUCUCAUUUUGACAUAUAAACAGGUCAAAAUUUGAGACCACGCUGCCUAUUGGUCUGUUAUAUUCCCUCAUACCAAGUGUGAGUCGACUUUCCACUGAGCAAACUAGUUACUCUUCCCACAAGAUCGUGGAUUAAUAGUUAAAAGUAAUUGAUUAAGCCUGUAAAUUGGGAGCAAAGCAGUCCAAAGCCUAGUCUAAAAAGCCACUUUGCCUAGAUUUAAUCAGUGUACGAAAAUAUGGCUCUGGAUUUCUUUACCUUCGCCGAACCCCUUAGACUUACUCACCGAACCCCUGGGGUUCGAUCGAACUAGUGCUGCAAUGAUUAAUCGAUGAACUCAAGUAUUCGAUUAGAAAAAAUAUUCAAAUUAAAUUUUGUUGCUUCGAGUAUUCGUUUAAAGUGGCGUUGUAAUGAUUUAUUUUAAAAGGGUUUGUAUUUAGUUUUAUUGAUUUGGUUGGAUACACUGCUCUCUGGUCUGCCUCUUUUCACAUGGCUGAAUCCAACUGCUCCCUGUUAAGACCAACAUAAACUAAGUUUUUGUUUGAGCUAAUGUUUUUUAAUGCAUUCAUAAUUUAGUUUAUAGGUAUAUUUAGCCGUUUUUUUGUGGGAAUAUGUGUCUGAACCAUUUGUUAAGAGCAUUGUAAAAAAAAAAAAAGCAUUUUAUAGCAUUUAAGAUGGCGGGCUUUUUCUUUGUAAGUUAGCCAAUUGUUCUUUUGUUGUACAUAGGUCCUCAUUAAAAAAAAAAAUCUAUACCAUUUGAGGCUCAGCUCAGGUAUUUUAAUUUUUCAUGUUCCUUAUCCGAUUACUCGAUUAUUCGAACUAACUAGUCCAUCGAUUAACCGACUACUAAAAUAUUCGAUAGCUGCAGCCCUAGAUCUAACCCAGGUUAAGAACCAGUGAUCUAACUGUAACAUAAUCACAACUAAACGUUAUUCAUUGAUUGUAUGAACUUGUUGCAUUUUUGUUGUGUUUAGUACUAUACUUACAUACAUUAUAUCAUUGUCCUUACUACUAAUACUACAAAUUAGCCAAAGCUAACAGUGACCCCUGCUAUGACACUGUUCAGUUUUCAAGCUCCCAACACUGAAAAAAGCGAUUUUGGAGAGUGGUAAAUAUAAUCUAUCCAAACUGUAUAAAAUUUGCCUAAUCUUCCUUGUCACCCAAGGAAUUAUAAAAUAAUGGGUAAAUUUCACACAUACUACCGCUUCGUUAACAGUAACAACUAUCACAUGGAAAAAUAGGGUAACAUAUACCCCAAAGAACUGUGGUCGAUAGGUGUCAGGCGAAAUGCAAUGUCCAAAACCUUUUCAACUAGAAAAAAAUAGCACAAUUCCCAAUUGUAACACCAGACGCAUUUUUUUUAAUGAAAAUGAUGUAAAUCGUUUGUGCUACAACGGUUUUUAAGAUACAGUAUUAUGGUUUUUAUUGAGAUAUUAGUUUCCUUAGCUUAGCUCUCGCGGCUAAUGGAGCGUACCAACUCUCUCAAUAACAGAGGGUUGUCUUAACAACUAGCACGAUUAAAACACAAAUCCGUGUCAGUUUUGCAGUAAAUUGGGGGUGUGGGGUUCAGAUAUUUAUAUCAAGUGAUGACGUUCCUCUAAGCCCCUCAUUUACUGCAAAAUGGUUCUGAAGUGGUGCCAUUCGUGUACAUCCGUGCUAGUUUUUAGGACACCCCUCUGUUAAUGAGAGGGUUGGUAAGAUUUAUAUAGUAAUAUUAUCUUAUAAAUCUUAUAAAUCAACUAUUAGUAAUUAUUGUCUAAGUGUCCUUGAGCAAGAUACUGAACCCCACAUUGCUCCUGGUGCUGCGUCACCAGUAGGUAGAUGGCGAGGUAGUGUAACGCACUUUGAGCGCCUUGAAAGGUGGAAAAGCACUAUAUAAGUAUAACACCAUUUACCAUCAGGUAUGGCGGCACAGUGGCUUAGUGGCUAGCCCAUCUGCCUCACAGUUCUGAGAUCAAGGGUUCAAUCCCGGGCUUCGGCCUUCCUGUCUAGAGUUUGCAUGUUCUCCCCGUGCCUGUGUGGGUUUCCUCCGGGAACUCCGGUUUCCUCCCACAUCCCAAAAACAUGCACGGUAGGCUGAUUGAACACUCUAAAUUGUCCGUAGGUAUGAGUGUGUGCGUGAAUGGUUGUAUGUCUCCAUGUGCCCUGCGAUUGGCUGGCAACCAGUUCAGGGUGUCCCCUGCCUACUGCCUGUAGUUGGCUGGGAUAGGCUCCAGCACCUCCGCGACCCUCGUGAGAAGAAGCGGCAUGGAAAAUGAAUGAAUGAAUGAAUUAUCAGGUAUUACCUACUAGCAAUGGAGAUAAAUUUUACCCAAUUUCAUUGAGUAAGUAUCUGUUGAAUAUACACAUAAAUAUUAGGUAAUUUUACCCAAUUUUAUUGAGUAGGUAUGUGUUGAAUAUAUACAUACACAUUAGGUAAAUUUUACCCAAUUAUUUCAUAGCUUAGUAUUUCAUAGCUUUUUAUUUCAAUUACUUCAUACUCAGUAUAUGUAAUUAAAUCUACCCAAAAAAAGUAGAUGCAAAUUGUUACCUCAACUUUAUUGGGUAAAUUCUAUAGGUUAAUUUUUACAGUGAAUAGUUCACCUUUUUUGUUUUUGUGUUGUUUCAUUUGUUCUUUCGUUAGCCUAUUCUUACAGGCUGAAGGCUUGUCUUGCCACUGAAGUAGUAGUUGCUAAAUUUGUUCUUGUGGAAACUAACUUUUAAGUCCUACUCCAACAUUUUUCGUAAACCGAUCGUCUUGAAACUUGGUAGGUAUGUAGCAUGGGACAAUAUCUUUUAUCUUUUGAUCUUCGGAGCCCAAUUUUUGAUUUUCAGAGCUGAGUAAUUAAUUCCAGACUUAUUUUUGCUGUAGUUUGCGAGUUAGCCAAGAGAUGGCAUGCGCGCUCCUUUGGCAUAGCCUUCAGCCUGUAGUGUGCUGUAGCACACACAUGUUUGUUUUUUAUAUGCAUUGUUCCUGCUUCAUAUAAUUCUGUAAUAACGAACAGUGACUUUAAAAACAUCCAAGUACUGGAAAUAUUAGAGAAACAUAGCUAGGGUGCAACCUAGUAUAUGAAUAACAUGUUGCAAGCUUGCAUAUUGUGUUGGGUAAGGGUACCACUAGAUGUUAGUCUUAAAGUGCAUAUGAUAACAAAAAGCAUAUUUAUUUCAUAUUUUCGGCGGGAUUUUAUGCUCCUGAAUGAAAUGGACCGCUUGGAUGUGUGUGGAAGCGAUCGAUAUAUUUAUCCACUUUCUUGAAUCCCGCGCCAUGAAAAUGAGCGACUUCGUGGAUUGACAAGGAUUCCGAAUGUGACGUCAGCGGGAUCGUCAUCUUCAGUACACAUCCAAUACUACAGUAUGAAGAACGACUGCGGAUUCAGUUGAUUUUGCGGAUUAAUUUGUUUAUUUUUCGCAUCACACCAGCCAAAUGUUCUGAGGAAAAUUUUGCUGCACCAGGAAGAGGUGUAUGAGCCUUCCUGGGUUUCAAAAAGUUCCCGUUCGCCCCAAGAUUGGCGUAAACAAUUCUGACAGCUGUGGGACCAUUGGACUUACGAGGAAUCUAAAUCAGAUGAAACCAUUCUCCUGCCGACGUCAUCCUGCUGUUGGGGACGCGAGAGCCCUAUAAUGGAGCUGUGACGGCAAAAAUUGUCAGAAUGAAAUGUCGUCUCAUAGUGGCUCCUUUGUGCAAAUCAAGUUCGAAGACAUCCAUUUCUUUGAAAAUUGUGGCGGCGGCAGCUUUGGGAGCGUGUAUCGGGCCCGGUGGAUCUCCCAGGACAAAGAGGUGGCUGUGAAAAAGCUGCUUAAGAUAGAGAAUGAGGCUGAAAUCCUUAGUGUUCUCAGCCACCGCAACAUCAUCCAGUUUUACGGCGCUGUCGUUGAGGCUCCCAACUAUGGAAUUGUCACUGAAUAUGCCAGUGGUGGUUCACUGUAUGAUUACCUGUCAUGCAAUGAGAGUGAAGAAAUGAACAUGGAGCACAUUAUGACCUGGGCGACUGAGAUCGCCAGAGGAAUCCACUAUUUACACUCAGAAGCCCCUGUAAAGGUGAUCCACAGAGAUCUGAAGUCAAGGAAUGUUGUUAUAACGGCAGAUAAAGUCCUUAAGAUUUGUGAUUUUGGGGCCUCCAAAUUUCUUACCCACACGACACACAUGUCUUUGGUGGGCACCUUUCCCUGGAUGGCGCCUGAGGUCAUCCAGAGUCUGCCAGUGUCUGAAACCUGUGACACAUUCUCCUACGCCGUGGUGCUUUGGGAAAUGUUGACACGUGAAGUACCAUUCAAAGGUCUGGAAGGCUUACAAGUGGCCUGGCUUGUAGUGGAAAAAGAGGAGAGGUUGACUAUACCCAGUGGCUGUCCUGCCAGCUUUGCAGAGCUGAUGAGGGACUGCUGGGUGACAGAUCCAAAAAGGAGGCCAACGUUCAAGCAGAUCAUGUCGACUUUGGAGGCCAUGGCGAACGACAGCCAACUUCCUCAACAGUGCAACUCUUUCCUCCACAACAAGUCUGAAUGGAGAGGUGAGAUUGAAGCCACACUGGACAGGCUGAAGAAGCUAGAAAGGGACCUGAGUAGCAAAGAACAGGAACUGAAGGAGAGAGAGCGACGUCUGAAAAUGUGGGAGCGCAAACUCAUUCAGCAGUCCAACAGUCCGCUGCUGCCCACUCUUGACAUCUACACGUGGACAGAGGAGCAUGUGUAUUUCUGGAUGCAGCAAAUAUUUGGUGAAGAAGUUAACGCAUGUGGAAUGCACUUGUAUGCGGACCUAUUUCGAGACAAUCACAUUACGGGAAAGAGGCUUUUAUUACUGUCGGAAAACGACAUGCGGGACAUGGGUAUCAAGUCCAAAGGUCAUGUCAUGCACCUGAAGAGUGAAAUUGAAAAGCUCACCAAUGACUACCUCGGGCUGGUCCACUUCCCACCACUGCUCAAGGAGGCGCUUGAAAAUGAGGUGGAAAUGAGUAAAAGUGUUCAUCUCGAACUUGUCUUUGGAUACCACUGGAAGCCAGGCACUGGAAAAUCAGACUGCAAGUGGAAAAUGUUCCUGGAACUUGACGGCGACGACGUAGCCUUGACUUACAUUAAAGAUGUCAUCUUCACCCCCAAUCGACAGGAUGUGGAACCCAUGCGCAUGACUAAGCUGCCAUUCGUGAUGGACAAAUGGAUCGUUGGGAUACAGCCCAACCAGAGAGUGGACUACACCGUCAGCUAUAAGAGUAAUGUCAAGUCACCAAAAUCAACUAAACACGGCUUCCCCAUGACAUGGUGUCAGUCUGGUGGACAGGACGAGAUCAAAACAGUGGAGCUCGUUAUUGAACCUACACCUGUUCACUUUGACUUGAGCCCCAGGAGCAGGUCUAACUCUGAUAUCGAUCAGGCUUGGAUGCGCAGCGUUCGGUUGCGGCAGCUCGUUAGGCAUAAAACACAGCAGCCCAACCCCGCUCUCCCCACCUUCACCAGCUCAGGAGCCUGCACGCUUCCUCAGUUCCUCUCUGCGCACGAAAGCCAAGCGUCGUCUUACGCGGCAGCGGCGCGCCGCUCGCCCGUCCGCCCCUGCGCCAACCCUUGGAACGACUCUCGCAGCUCCUCGCCAACCGCCGGGCUGUCGGCCAAACUGUCGCCGCUCUAUUUGGGGUCAAAGGGCAGCAGCCCGUGCAGCACAACGUCAGAGAGCAUGUCUGAGAGGGAGCGGCCCCUCAGCGCGGGGAUAGUGCAGGAGUACCGAAGACGGGGCUUUUUCAGCAGUGCGGCAAGUCCGGGGAGGGGCAGUUUGAGAGGAGGCCAAAGUACCAAUAAAACCAACAAAAGCCCUCGACAGCCCGGGAGGCCGCGAUCCAACAGUUAUGGUGCCGCACCACAGAACCACCCACGCAUCAUUCCCGGUAUAUUGUCGGUGAGCGAAAACCCCAACGAGGAAAAUGAGGACACCAAAUCUGGAAACGACGGCGGCUGGAUCAAAGUGGAACGCCAUAAAAAAUUACCGCGACAGGACAAUAAAUCGGUUAGAGGUCGGCCGAGGAGAGGAGGACGGGGAGGGCGGGGUUCUGGGGGGAGGACUUAAAUUGGCAAACACCAUAUAUGUCAUCAACUCAAUGCAUUUACCAUGUAAAUGGCAGUUUUAUAUAGCUUUAAAAUGAACUUUUUCUAAAAGGAGUUACUUUGUAUGUUUAUCAAAGAAUUAUUAUUUUUAAAUAUAGUUUAUUGGAAUAAUGCACAGUAUAUAUUUAUUAAAAUUACAACAUGCCUCUUUUUUCCACCUUUAUUCUUAUUAACAUGAAAAGAACAUAUGGCAUGGCGUGAAUUAUUUUUUUGUACUGUUCUAAAUUGCUAAAUAUUCCUAUCAUUAAAAAAACAAUUUCCUUGAAAAAUUAAAAUCUUGAAUGACUAAAUUGUUGCGUAGAUAAAGCAAUAGCAUACCGCACGUAACACGGCACCUUUGCUCAGGGCCGGCCCAGCCGAUACGCAGACUAUGCAGCUGCAUAGGGCCCCUGACCACUAGGGGGCCCCCAAUCUGGUGAUUCUUUAAUUUAUGUUCUAUUUUGUUUCCUACAGUUCGCUUUAUUUGACUUUUGUGAGUGUUGAUACUUGAUUACAAGCUUAAAAAGAAUAAAGUUCUUCCUUAACUUCUUUCCUCUUUUAGAAAAAGGUUUGGCGCUAUCUACUGUAAGUACUGACAAUCAUUUGGGGUGAGAAGUUUGAAGUAUGCAGUAGAACAAAAUCUGAUUAAUAUACAAAAUAUGGACGUAUGGGUUGGAUUGCAUGAAUGGGUUUCACAGUACACUGUGACGAAAUGGUGGGCCAAAAAUAUGGGCCCCUUUGCAUUAUUUUGCUUAGGGCCCCCAAAUGGCCUGGGCCGGCCCUGCCUUUGCUCAUUAACAUUCAUGACGUUAGCAACUGUUGCUGGGGGGGGUCAAACUCUCGUUUUUCCCUCAUGUUAAAUGCAUGUAAAUAGUGUACGAACGAGAUGUUUACUGAACUAAACCUACAGAUUGUGUCCGAAAAUUAUGUCCCUGGUGCCAAAAUCACUAGUAAAGAUGUGGAAGAAUAUACAAAUGUUCAGUUAAAGAGAUGGCUUGAGUGUCGAGGGCUGAAAAAGAUGGGGAAGAGAGCCGAACUGAUCCAAAGGUAGAUUUUUUAUCGACACCUUUUUCUUGUGUGCAUUGCCUUACGCACUGACAAUGACAUCCUCCUGUUUCCACAAUCUAUCCUUUACCACCAUAUGCCAUGUCUUUGAUAUAUAUUAUAUCCUCUGGUUGUCUUACGUCUCUGACCAUUCUUGGGGAUAAUUUAUAUUGCUAUUUUUGUCUAGCGAUCGUAAAUGCUAUUCAAUGACAGCCAACGAACUUUUCAUUUUUUUGUUAAUAACAAAUCUUAUUUCUAUUAAUUUAUUUACACUCCCCCUUUGCUAAGGUUGUUUCUUUACAACAGAAAAGGCAAAGCUGUUAAAUCUACAGCCCAAAUGUAGGCAUGGACAGGCUUACAACAAAAAGACCAAGGCCAAACAUGGCUAAUACAUUUAAAUAUCCGUAUUUUAUAAAAAUAGGCCUACAUGACUGUUGCGAUGUAUGAAUAAAAUUUUACAUUUUUUGUCCGGUCAUUCAUUGUCAAACAGAAGCAGCACGGCAAAAUGGCAUGUAAAAAAACAAGUA